CGAAAUGUUUCUUGGUUCUGUGGUUAGCUACAGGUCUUCCACUCCGAGCUUUCCGUCGGCUCUCUGGAGCCGCUGUUCUCUUCAGUUUUCAUGGUUGAACGCGAUGAACCUUCGAUUCUUUCGGGUUGUUCCUGAAUAAGUGAGAAUAUUAUAUUCUGUUCUUUAGCUCUUAAAAUGAGACCGAUAACCAAUGAGGUGCCUAGAGUUCAAAAGGAAAGCAAGUUUCAAGGUGAAGGGCCCAAUUGGCUUCUUAUUGCUGCUGGUGCUUUGUUGAGCACAUUAUCAUUCCGCCUUGGUUACAAGCUGAAGCAGGCACUUGACUCAAAGCAGCUUGAAAGUGCUAGAACUGGAAAAUCCUCUGGUACAAGGGAACCCGCAGCUAGUGAUUCUCAGUCCAAUGGAUAUUCCCUGGCACAAGAUAAUAAUGGUUGCUUCAGCUGCAUCUCAGGAACUGGAGGUGCAACAGAACCAAAGUGCCAGUCAAAUGGUCAGUUGCUGAGGGAAUCUGAUGGGGCCCUCCCUUUGGUUACUGUUCCUCGUGCGGAAUUUAGCAAGGAGAAUGGUGUUCUUUGGGCUUCCUCCCCUGAUCAGCUUGAAUUGCCUUCAAAGUCAUUCCAUCAUUCAAACUGCUCUGAUUCACCCUGUGUGUCAGAGUCUGGGUAUGAUAUCUUUAGCAAGCGGGAAGUUAUACAGAAGCUGCGGCAGCAAUUGAAGAGAAGAGAUGAUAUGAUACUGGAGAUGCAAGAUCAAAUAGCUGAAUUGCAAAGUUCACUGAAUGCUCAGCUGGGACUUUCGUCUCAUUUACAAUUGCAGCUUGAUGCUGCAAACAGGGAUUUGUUUGACUCUGAGAGGGAGAUUCAACAGCUGAGAAGAGCAAUUUCAGAUCAUUGUGUUGGGCAUGCUUCCAAUGAAAAAUCUUCAACCACUCCAGCUAACAGAAACGGCCAUGCAAAUGGACUUACUGAUGGGGAUAAUAAUUCGGAGCUCCCUGAAAAAGAAAGGGAUGAUGAAGAGAGAAUAGAGAUGCUGAGGAGGCAAGUAGGAGAGUUGAAAGAGGUAAUAGAAGGAAAAGAAUACUUGCUCCAGAGCUACAAGGAACAUAAGGAGGAACUUUCUCUGAAGAUUAAGGAAUUGCAGCGAAGAUUGGAUUCUCAGCUACCAAAUUUUUUGUAGGGUUGUCAGUUUGUGAAUUCCUCGGUUUAACUUCUUGAAGGUUGCAAAUUUUGGGGGAGGCCUCUCUUCCUCAUUCUUUAUUUUAUAAUUGUAAUUAGCUAAUCUUGAUUGUUGGUGAUAUAUUAUUGUGUCUGUGCAAUAUGUGCAAAAGAUGAAUGGAGCAAAUCUGAAAUUUGGUGAAAAGAAUGAUGAGCUGUUUUGGAAUACAA